CGGCGGUCACASCGCCUCGCCUCACAUCUGUUGGUUAAAGUUUCUGUUUCGUUUUUCUCCUCCUCGUAAAAAGCUGAUAUAUUAGUACUGGAUGUUUAAAUUUGCAGCCAUUUUCCAACCCCAGAACUGAUUUCUGCCAUGGCUGCUGUCGAAAACCCUGUCGCGGAACAGACCACAGAACCUUUGAGGAUCAUGCUCAUUGGGAAGAGUGGAGUCGGCAAGAGUUGCACCGGGAACACGAUCCUCAACAAAAYUGUCUUCAAGUCCGACAUUAAGCUUAAGAGAGUCACCRUCCACUGUGAAAAGGAGGAGGGGACGAUCGAAGGCACGCCCGUCGUAGUCAUCGACACGCCUGGGCUGUUUGAGAAAGACCGCGACAAGGAYGAAAUCAUCCGGGAGAUUCUCAUGCGCGUCACGCUCCACGAGCCGGGCCCUCAYGUCUUCGUGUUUGUCGUCCCAGUUGGACGGUUGACACAGGAGGACGAAGACACCCAAAAGCUGAUUGAAGCUAAGUUUGGUCCACGGGUGUGGGACUACACCAUCGUGCUGUUCACGCACGGGGAUCGGCUGGAGGGAAAAACGAUCAACCAAGUCAUUUCCGAGAGCAAUGACAACCUCCGCAACUUCAUUCGCAAGUGCAGCGGCGGCUUCCAYGUCUUCAACAACAAAAUCCCGCAGGACCAGCUGCAGGUGGCGCACUUUCAGGAGAAGAUCGAGACGCUGGUGGCCCUGAACGGAGGCAGUCACUACCACGCAAAGCUUUACCCCAAACAGGAAAGGAAGAUCAGAGAAAGACAGGAGAGCAUCCUGGCAGAGAGAAGCAACGCCAUCGACYGCAAGGUGGCAGAAUUCAAGCUCAAGUACAAAGAAGAGGAGCUCAAGAAGAAGCUUAAAGAGCUUUGGAGGAAAGAGGAAGAGAACGCAAGGAAGGAAGCAGARAAAGAAAGUUACAUCAGCAAAGUCUCCAACAUCCUCAUGUCGUUGGUGCUGGUGGUUCUGGUGUUGGGCUUUGCUCUGCAGGUUCCUGUAGGAUACCUGUUUGCAGGAGCAGUCAUUUGGACCGGGAUGUUCUUCGAGAUCCCGUUAAGGUUUCUGAACAAAAUACCAUGGUGGAAAAAGAAAAWAUAGUUUUUCUAUCACUGUUUUGUCUAUAAUCUAUCUGUGGAUUAUCCACAUUUCGGGAGAAGAAUGUCAUAUUGUUAAAAAUUACAGGUAUGCUUGUGUGAGUUUUGUUUACAUGUCAUGAUGAGAUCAAAUCCAUACCUUUUGACACAAUGGUACAUUCGUUAUGUAUAAGAAAUAACUUUGCUUUUCUUGGUACUGCAAGUAGACUCGUAAAACAAUUCAAUAAACUGCAGCAGUGUGGUUUACAAAAUAAAGUCAUUCAUGYUUCUGCUUACUCUGUUAAA